AUGACGGACUCCAUCUCAGCGGCCAAGCUCGCCAUUUACAUCGUCUUUGCCCAGCCUGCCUUGUACUGCUUGUUCAAGCAUGGCAAAGUUGGCUUCCUGGGCUGGUUCUACGUCCAGACUUUCUGCGUCCUUAGAAUCGUCACUGGAGGCAUCGGCCUUCAUGGCUCCAACACCUCGACCGGGUCGAUUAUUCUCAGCAGCAUUGGCCUGUCUCCUUUGCUUCUUGCAGCAUCAGGCGUUUUGCAUGAAGCGCGACGAGCAACGAACCCUCGACUCAACAGAAAGCUAGACGUGCUACUCGAGAUCCAAUACCAUACCCUUGUUGGAAUCGCCAUGGUCCUGAUCAUUAUUUCCGUUAUCAACUUGCAGAAAGGGGAAUCUGUGUCGACUAUGAAGAUACUUCUCAAGGUCGCAUCUGCUCUGGUCGCCUUGUCCUGGGUGCUCCUGGUGCUUUGGGCUUUGUGGUCUCUCGGAAAGUCUCGAUCCACGUCGAUAGCUGGACCUGUACCUUCGAUGUCAGGAGGUAGACUGCUCCUGAACGGUACCUUGUUGACAAUGCCGCUCACUGGCCUCCGACUUGCCUACGCCAUUGCGUUUCUCCAGCUCAAGAUCUCAGACCCAACAUCAGGCUUCCUUACCUCCACAGCGAUCGAGGUGUGUCUCAAUGUUGUGCCGGAGAUGCUGGUCAUUCUGAUCCUGCUUGUCGUUGGUAUUAAAACCAGGUCGUUGAAGCGGGAGAUUCACAAGCUGGACACCACCUUUCCUACUGAGCAGGGCUACGAGAUGCCGAGUCAGCGAGAGUAG